GCGGGAGCCCACAGCCCGCGCCACGUCACGGCGGCAGAGGGCGCAGGCGGCUCCCGGAGCCCGGCGGUCGACUGUUUGGGCCGUUCUGCUCAGACCCAGGCCCAGGCUCUGGCCCCGCGAUGGGAGCUGCUCCCCCGGGGCUGAGCUUGUCAGCACCCUCGACGGGCCCUUGCCCCUGAAGUCAGAGAAGAGUCUCUAUCCACCCUCACCUCCCUUUCCCCUUUUUGGGGCCGCCAACGUCUGUCGGGUCCUACUGGCCGUCCAGUCCGACGAAGGAGCAGGACGAUGAUACUGGCAUCGGUGCUAGGGAGUGGGCCCCGAGGCGGGCCUCCUCUCAGGCCCCUUCUGGGUCCAGCACUCUUGCUUCGGGCCCGCUCGACCUCUGCCACCGAUACACACCAAGUGGAGAUGGCGCGGGAGCGCUCCAAGACUGUUACCUCCUUUUACAACCAGUCAGCCAUCGAUUCCGCAGCAGAGAAGCCGUCAGUCCGCCUCACUCCUACUAUGAUGCUGUAUUCCGGCCGCUCUCAGGAUGGCAGCCACCUUCUGAAAAGUGCCCGGUAUCUGCAGCAAGAGCUGCCAGUGAGAAUCGCUCACCGUGUCAAGGGCUUCCGCAGCCUUCCUUUCAUCAUUGGCUGCAACCCCACCAUACUGCAUGUGCACGAGCUGUACAUCCGUGCCUUCCAGAAGCUGACAGACUUCCCUCCGAUCAAGGACCAAGCGGACGAGGCACAGUACUGCCAGCUGGUUCGACAGCUGCUGGACGACCACAAGGAUGUGGUGACCCUUUUAGCCGAGGGCCUGCGUGAAAGUCGGAAACACAUAGAGGAUGAAAAGCUUGUCCGCUACUUCUUGGACAAGACAUUGACUUCAAGGCUAGGGAUCCGCAUGUUGGCCACCCAUCACCUGGCGCUACAUGAGGACAAGCCUGACUUUGUUGGCAUUAUCUGCACUCGUCUCUCACCAAAGAAGAUUAUCGAAAAGUGGGUGGACUUUGCCAGAAGACUGUGUGAGCACAAGUACGGCAACGCCCCUCGCGUGCGCAUCAAUGGACACGUGGCGUCGCGUUUCCCCUUUAUCCCUAUGCCACUGGACUACAUCCUGCCUGAGCUGCUCAAGAAUGCCAUGAGAGCUACGAUGGAGAGUCACCUUGACACUCCCUACAAUGUUCCCGAUGUGGUCAUCACCAUCGCCAACAAUGACAUUGAUCUCAUCAUCAGGAUUUCAGACCGGGGUGGAGGAAUUGCUCACAAAGACUUGGAUCGGGUCAUGGACUAUCACUUCACUACGGCAGAGGCCAGUACCCAGGACCCCCGGAUCAGCCCCCUCUUUGGUCACCUGGACAUGCAUAGCGGUGGCCAAUCAGGACCUAUGCACGGCUUUGGCUUCGGGUUGCCCACGUCACGGGCCUACGCGGAAUACCUUGGUGGUUCCCUGCAGCUGCAGUCCCUGCAGGGCAUCGGCACAGACGUCUAUCUGCGGCUCCGCCACAUUGAUGGCCGGGAGGAAAGCUUCCGAAUCUGACCCCACAACCUUUGGCCUGCUCACCUGCCCAGCCUGGGCCACACUUCCUGCCAGGACCUCCUGGGUCAAGCAGGGUGGCACUCUGCUCCACUCGCUGCUGCAUCUUGGGUCUUAGGGCCCCAGCCAGAUGGACGUAUAUGGGGCCGGGUGCCGCUUCUCCUCACCAGGGCCCACUGCUUUCUUGCCUCCAGGCCUUGGAUGGGAGGAAAUAGGGACCCAGCACCAGCUCCGUUAUUCUCGUUCCUGGGGAACCCUCAUUUUGACCUAUCGUUUGUUAUUAAAGUGCACAUUUUGAAUGCC